AUGGCGGAGGGCACACGUACAGCAUUGAAAGGUCAGAUUGAAGAUUCUCAACGGCAGCAAGAAGUCAUACAGAAACAAUUGGAGCAUCAUCAACAAGCAAUUUUUGGUAUAACGGAAAGUGGUAAUGAUCCUGCUGGUUGGACUUUUAAGGCUAAUCAGUAUUUUGAUUGUUUUCAAAUACCUUUCCAUCAGAAGUUAAUGGUGGCUUCGCACCAUAUGGAGGGUGAGGCAUUGGUGUGGUAUCAAAAUGCCUUACAUGCUAGACAGUUCAAUUCAUGGGAGUCUUUAGUAGUGGCUUUACAAGGGAGGUUUGGGCCAUCAGCAUUUGAUGAUCCAAUGGAGGCUAUAAUGAGGUUGAAACAAACUACUUUAGUUAGUUUGUACACAUCACAAUUUGAAACCUUAUCUAAUAGGUUGAUAGGGUUGUCUGAGAAGCAUAGAAUGAGUUGCUUUAUUAGUGGAUUAAAGGAUGAAAUUCGCAUACCAGUGAAAAUGUUUAAUCCUUUAAACCUAGGGGCUGCUUUCAGUCUGGCUAAGUUGCAGGAAGAGCAUGUACUGUCUUCAAGAAAAUCUUGGAGGUCGAAUAAUCACUUUGGUGAUAAAUGGCCAGUAGAGCAGGUGGCACUUGCUGAUCUCGCUAAUAAGGGUCCAAAGAAUUUGUUUCCCUUGAAGAAGUUGGUACCAGAAUUGCAAGGAACAACUGAAGAAGACCUUGAGCAAUUAGAGGUUUCAAUCCACGCCAUCUCUGGAUGUGUCAAUAACAAUGCUAUGAAGUUGUUUGGGAAGAUUGGCUCAGUUUCUGUUGAGAUCCUUGUGGAUUCAGGGAGUACUCAUAAUUUUUUGGAUCCAAUGGUGGUGGAAGCUACGAAGUUAAAGGUAAUUAGAGAUGAGGCUCUUCAGGUCAGAGUCGCAAAUGGUACUAAAAUACUGACUCAAGGCAAAUGUGACCAGUUGGUUACUAUCCAAGGAACCAAGUUUCUAGUUCCUUUCCAUGUUCUUACAUUGGGGGGCUGCAACAUUGUCUUAGGUGUCCAGUGGUUGAAGACAUUGGGUUCUAUCCAAUGGAACUUUAUAGAUAUGUCUAUGCAAUUUGAAGUGGAUGGGAAGAAGCUGAUUUUGCAGGGACUUAUGUCUCAUUUCAGCUCAGUGUUUGAGGAACCAGUGGGGUUGCCACCCCCUAGAGCCUUUGAUCAUCAGAUUGUGUUGAAGGAGGGGAGUGCACCAAUUUCAGUGAGACCUUAUAGGUAUCCUCAUUAUCAAAAAGCUGAAAUUGAGAAAAUUGUGCAUGACCUAUUAUCCAAUGGUGUUAUAAGACCAAGCCAAAGCCCAUUUUCAUCACCUGUUUUGCUUGUUAAAAAAGCUUAUGGUAGUUGGAGGAUGUGUAUGGAUUACCGAGCCCUUAAUCAAGAAACUAUCAAGGACAAGUUUCCGAUUCCUGUCAUUGAUGAGUUACUUGAUGAACUUUAUGGAGCUAAGUUCUUUUCUAAACUUGAUCUUAGAUCAGGUUAUCAUCAAAUAAGGGUAAGAGAAGAGGACAUUCCCAAAACAGCAUUUAGAACUCACGAGGGUCACUAUGAGUUCUUGGUAAUGCCUUUUGGGCUUACCAAUGCACCUGCCACUUUUCAAGGAUUGAUGAAUCAUGUUUUCAAACCUUUCCUUCAAAAAUUUGUUUUGGUCUUCUUUGAUGAUAUCUUGGUUUAUAGCCAAGAUUUUGCUGAACACCUAGAGCAUUUGCAGUCUAUUUUACCUGUUUUACAUCAGCACACAUUAUUUGCAAAAAAAUCCAAAUGUAGAUUUGGGGUGACUGAGGUAGACUACUUGGGACAUAUUAUCUCUGAAAAUGGUGUGAAGGCAGAUCCUACAAAGAUCUCUUCCAUGUUGGACUGGCCUGUUCCCAAAACAGUGAAAGCAAUGAGGGGAUUUUUGGGCCUUACUGGCUACUAUCGCAAUUUCAUCAAGAACUAUGGUUCUAUUGCUGCCCCAUUAACAAUGUUACUGAAAAAUAACUCCUUUGUUUGGUCUCUUGAAGCUGAAAGGGCUUUUAAAGCAUUAAAAUAUGUUGUUUCAAGUCCUCCUGUCUUAAGACUUCCUGAUUUUUCUAAGGAGUUUACUAUUGAGUGUGAUGCUUCAGGGGUGAGAUUGGGAGCUGUAUUGAUGCAAGACAGCCAACCAAUAGCAUUCUUUAGUAAAGCCUUAAAAGGGAAAGCCUUGCUUUUGUCAACCUAUGAAAAGGAAUUUUUGGCACUGGUGUGUGUCGUGGGAAAAUGGAGACCAUAUCUGUUGGGUCAGUCCUUCAAGAUCAAAAUUGACCAACAGGCCUUAAAACACUUGUUGGAGCAAAGAGUGGCCACCGAGGCUCAACAUAAGUGGAUCUCAAAGCUCAUGGAUUAUGAUUUUCGUGUAGAAUAUAAAAGGGGCAGGGACAAUAAAAUUGCUGAUGCACUUUCCAGAAAAGCUGAAGAAGAUUCAGCUACCUUGGCUCUUAUAUCAUUUCCCACUCCUUUGUGGUUAGAAGAUCUUAAGCAAAGUUAUGCUUUUUCUAGUGAUAUAACUAAUUUGGUUGUAGCUUUGCAGAAAGGGCAGCAGGUUUCUAAGGAGUUUUCUUUACAACAGGGUCUCCUUUUCAGGAAAGGGAAGCUGGUGAUAGUUCCUUCUUUACCAUUUCAUGCUAAAAUAUUGCACCAUAUUCAUCACAGUCCGGAAGCAGGAUUACUUCAACCCUUGCCUAUUCUCCAAAGUCCUUGGCUUGAUAUUGCCAUGGACUUUAUUGUUGGUCUUCCUAGUUCAAAUGGGCUGACUGUCAUUUUGACUGUGGUGGAUAGAUUGACUAAGUUUGGGCAUUUUUUUCCAUUGUCUCACCCCUAUACAGCUUGUAAAGUAGCUGAGGCCUUGUAUGGGAUUCCACCACCUCGGUUGAUUUCUUAUAUUUCAGGCACUACUGCCAAUGCUGAAGUGGAUCACCAGUUGCGAUCUAGGGAGGAAAUAUUAUCCCUUUUGAGGGAAAACUUGCGAAAGGCUCAGGAGAGGAUGAAAUUAUAUGCUGACAGGAAAAGAUUUGAGAGAGUUUUCCAAGUGGGGGAUUGGGUCAUACAGAAGAUAGGGACAGUAGCAUAUAAAUUGAACUUACCUCCUUCCUCCAAAAUACAUCCUGUUUUUCAUGUUUCAUCCUUGAAGCAAAACCUGGGGGACCAAAUUUCUCCUUUACCAACAUUACCACCAGUAGAUGCUGAAGGCAGUGUGCAACCUGAACCUGAGUUAAUUCUGGAUAGAAGGAUGAAUAAGCUUGGCAAUCAUGCAUCCACCGAAGUCUUGGUUAAAUGGUACGGUGCCUCUCUGGAAGAUAGUUCUUGGGAAUCUCUGUGGAAGCUCAGGUGCCUUGUGGGCAAGGCCUUGAAGAAGGAGGGAUUGUCACGGGUGCCUUGUGAAGGCCUUGAAGAUCUGCAGUAUCCUUAUAAAGGCCGAAGGAGUUGUGUGCAGGAGGAGUUGGAGGGAGUAAUAACGGUUUUAACAGAAUGA